AUGUUGGACCGUGAAACAUUGGAAGAAGUUUCACUUCAUAUCACAAGAGAAUCUGUCGAAAAAUUGGAUGAAUUUUUGAGCUCUGAGCAUCUGAAGGGUAUCAAAAUGCUCAAUAUCACAACCGACUUGUGCCCAAGUGAAUUGCCGUUGAUAAACUUCUUCCAGAAUCUUCCAAGAUUGACCAUUGGGUUAGAAGGAAAACAUGUUGAAAGAAGACACGCUAAUUUUAUCAAAAAAUUGGCUGAUUUUAUCAAGAACCUUCUGAACUCCACGCAACUGCAAUUCUGCCAUUUGUCUGAACGAUACACGGUCAAAAUGGAACGUAUCAUGACAGAAUUCCAGUCACGAGAGACUAUGGUCCCAGGUUUCCCGAAUAUUCGACGUUUCCCAAUUCCUGGAUCCAACGCUAGCUCGGCCACAAAUGAUGCCGCAGAUUCAUGUCGGGACUUUGAUAAUAAUUGUAGAGAUUGGAUUACUGUAAAUCCGAAUGCAUGCGAUUCAACUGAAUAUAUCAAGAAAAGUUGUCUCAAAAGUUGUGGACAGUGUGGAGAUGUUGAUCCAAAAUACGACCUCCGUCGACUCUCCCAAGAACUCACACCAAUCGGAUUCCUUGUCGGCAAAUGGAGAUCCGAGCACGGAGGAAAAGCGAUCUUCCCAACAAUUCCCAAAUUCACAUUUGGAGAAGAAAUCGAAAUCUCGAUUCCAGAUGAUGCGAUGCAAUCAGCUCAUGCCUUGAAUUACACAGCAUUCGCCUGGUCAAUCAAUGACAAAGAUGAACUUCACAGUGAAUAUGGAUACAUUUCAGUCAAGCCAAACACAAAAGAAGUUGCACUGACAACUGUUAUGAAUAAUGGAUUCGUCACAGUCGAAGAAGGGCCAGUCAACGGAAAUCAGAUCAGAUUCAGACUGAAGGACAUUGGAAGAAUCAGUUUCAGUCGAGAUUUGCCAGUUCAUGAUCUCGUCCGUGAAUGGACACUUCUCGAUCGAUCAACACUUCAAGCUCGUCUGAAUAUGGAGACAUUAACUCAUGGAAUGCAAGAACACACAUUCAUUCGUUACAACAAAAUCGAACCAUAA